AUGCAUUACGAUAACGUGAAGCGCUACAUGGAUGUGGUCAAGCUGUACAACAGGAGCAUCGCGUACUCGACCAAUGGCUCGCAGCAGCGGGCGCAGGCGUACUGGGAGCGGUCGAAAGUGUGCGUGAAGCUGAACCGCUACGCCGACUGUCUGCAGAACAUCCGGCUGGCGCGCGCCACCGACGUCCCGGGGCUGCUGCGGCGAAAGCUGGACCAGUCGGAACAGUGCGCCCGGGGCAUGCUGCUGAGCGUCAGCGACGACGCGACGCCCGGUUCGAGCCGGCAUGGGGUGGCCCCGCUCAAGCUGAGCUUCCCCGCCUACGAGAAUGCGCCGCGCGUCGCCAACUGUCUGGUGAUGCGGCGGAACCUCCGGUACGGCCGGUACCUGGAGACCAACCGGGCGCUGAAGGUGGGCGACGUGGUGCUGAUCGACAGCCCGUACGCGUCCGUGCUGGAGCCCGACUUCUGCUACGCCCGGUGCGACCAUUGCCAGCGCCCAGCGCCCUUCACGCUGAUCCCGUGCGAGCAUUGCACCAAGGCGAUGUACUGCUCCGAGGACUGCCUGAACAGCGCCCGCACCCAGUACCAUCACUUCGAGUGUGCGCUGGUGCACCAUCUGGCGGAAACGACCGGCGACCCGCUCGUGCUGCUCGCCUGGCGUGCCGUCGCCCGGGCGAUCGGUGCCUACCGGUACAACCUGCGCACCUUGAAGCAGCGCAGACAUCUGCUCUCCCAGACCGUGGUGAAUCCGCUACUGCUCGACUGGGUGCACGGGCAGAAUAUCGCGUUCAGCGCGGUGCACAUACUGGCGUCGCUCACCCGGGCCCCGAACGAUCCGGCGGAGGUGCGUGCCGCCCAGCUCGCGUGGGAAAUGCACUGCCAUCUGGUGAGCAAACCCGAGCUGACCGCGAACUACGACCCGGACAACGUGCCGUACCAGUGGGUGGGCGAGAUGUGCUACCAAUUCCUGAAGGCGAUGCAGUGCAACGCACGCCCGGCGCAGCUGACGCGCCGCGACGAGCCCAAGGGCCGGUACCGGGCGGUGCCGUUCGCGCUGCGCUGCUACCCGCUGAUCACCGAUCGCUGCCGGGGCCAGCUGUUCGGCAACUACGGGUACGAUUACUCGGAGACCGGUCGGGACGAGCGGCGGGAGGCGCUGCAGCGCGAUUACGGCUUCACCUGCAACUGCAACGCGUGCGAGAACAACUUUCCGACCGCUGAGCCGUUCCAUUCGAAGCGCGUGGAUACAAUCCUGCGUACCCGGGACAUGUCGACAGCCGCCCGCAAUAUGGCCAAGCUGCUGGCGGAGGUGAACGAAGGCGUCGGCGAUGGCAGGGUGUCCCACCAGCAGUUGGCAGAGCUGGAGCGUUACUUUGAGCUGCUCUACUGCGAAGUUUUGAAUUGAACCUUUGAACUAUUUGGACAUUGUUGGACGCGGGCAGGAGAACAUUCAUUUAACUUAUUUCUAGCUUAAAGACGCAGCAGGAGACGAUGGCGAGGGCUGCCUUCGCGGUGCCUUACGAUUGCGAAGAUUCGAGGAUAGAUGCAUCGCCAAAUUUGUUGUUAACGGCAGCUCGAUUGCUCAACUGAUACCCAAUUGCUCAACUUACCUAAUUGUAACUUAACUGAAUACACUGAACUAUUAGCGAAUGCUGUAAUCCCAUGUAACCAGGGUAGUUGAAUAAAAUUGGUCCCGUACUUUCGACGACCA